CAUCAACAUCUCUCCGACUCCGAGUCCAACUCCAACUCCAACCCUAGAGUCAACAAUAAUCCCAACCGCAAACCCAAUCAACCUUGCAUCUGCAUGGUCCCCAAACCAGCCCCACAGUCUUCAUGAGCGAGCUGCAGAAAUCCUUCGCCAAGUCCAAACUGGCCAAACUGCCCCUCCAGCCACCAACCGGCCCAUCCAGAUCCAUGCAGCCCCUCGACGAGGAGGCCAGUCACGACGAUGACUCCUCCUCGGCCUCAUCUACAGGCACGGUGAUCCCGUCUCCCAGUCGACAUCUGUUUGCGAGACCGGGUCGAGGAUCCCUCCAACAAACAACCCUCCCCUGGACCAACUUCUUCGCCCAAGAACUCCAUCUCACCCAAAUCGACCCAUCCACCAACACCACAAUCACUCACCAUGUGUACCUGACUCCCCCCGUAGACCCAGCCGCCGGCCCCCUCUUCGUGAUGCACCACGGCGCCGGCUCCUCCGGUCUCUCCUUCGCCGCCUGCGCCGAGGAGAUCCGCAAGAUCAUCCCCAAAGCUGGGAUAUUGUCCGUGGAUGCCCGAGAGCACGGCAGCACGGUGGUCACCUCGACUUCGACUUCGACCUCCACCGCGGAAGGGGCGAGGAGCGACGUCGAGCUGGAUUUGAGCCUCGACACGCUAACCCGGGACCUGGUGUUUGUGGUCCGCGAGACUCAGACGCAGAUGGGCUGGGAGAAUCUGCCUGAUUUGAUCCUCGUGGGACAUAGUCUGGGCGGGGCCGUGAUCACGGACGUGGCGAGGAAGGGCGAGCUGGGGGGGAAGGUGUUGGCGUAUGCGGUUUUGGAUGUGGUUGAGGGCUCCGCUAUCGAUGCGCUCCAGAGCAUGGAGACAUAUCUCCUUACUCGCCCGUCCGGAUUCCCAUCUAUCACGUCCGGAAUAGAGUGGCACACACGCACCCGAACAAUCCGCAACAAAACCUCCGCGCGCGUAUCCGUCCCAUCCCUCCUCUACUUAGAACCCACGCCCCUCGACCCCACCAAACCAUGGGUAUGGCGGACGAACCUCUCCGAGACGAAGCCAUUCUGGGAGAACUGGUUCGUGGGACUAAGUCGGAAGUUCCUCGAAGCGCGCGGGGGCAAGUUGCUCCUUCUGGCGGGGACGGAUCGAUUGGAUAAGGAGUUGAUGAUUGGGCAGAUGCAGGGCAAAUACCAGCUUCAGGUGUUCCCUGAAGCAGGUCAUUUCAUCCAGGAGGACCAGCCGACCAAGACGGCGCAGAUCUUGGUGGACUUUUAUCGACGGAAUGAUCGGGGUGCGUUGGUGUUGCCGCCUAAGGUGGCGGAUCUGCAGGCUGAGAAGGCGAUGAAGAAGGGGUCUGGCGUUGGCGUUGGCGUUGGCGUUGGUGAUAAAAAUGGUGAGCGUGGGGUGGGAGGUCCGUUGAAGAAGACAUAGCUGGUCUUGUUUCUCUCUACAGUAUAUUGCAUUGCUGCAUAGUUGUCUGUUCGCUGUCAUCGAAUGAUGAAGAGGACUGACUUUAUAAGAUCGACCGGGGGAGCCGUCCGUUGGGCUUCGUUGCUUCUUGAUUGCUUGUGAGAUAGAACCUUCCAUGAGACAGCACGGUGGGAUUAUUUAUACGUAUUGAAGCGAUAUGUACUUUAUUGUUUA